CGUACCAUUGACACUGAAGACGUCCUAAGCAUAUAAAACAGGACCAGAGUGUGCAAGACAAGACAGACUGGAAAAUAGAGAGGAGGUGAUAGGCACACAUAACUUUGGAUUAUCAUGUCUUUCAUCGGCCAAGCCGAAAUCUUGGCAAAUAUCUGUCUUCACUUUCCACCGACGAUAUUCCAUCAAAUAUUCUUGUUUGUAUUUUUCUUUUCCACAGUUUGGUUGGAAGAAGGUCUCUUCUUGCCAGUCAUACGCGGCAGACCAUCAAUAGUGAACUCUACCUGAGCUUCCUGCUGCCAAUUCAUCCAACAGCUUCCUCUGCUGCCAGGGACGUCUUUCAACAAGAUGCCCCCAAAGGUAGUCUCCCAGCCCGACACGUCACUGUUUCCUUCUUAGGAGAUGCCAGAGCCGGUAAGACAAGUCUGGAAAAACACCUGCUUGAUAAGUCCUUUGAUUCCGUUGAAGAACCGACUAAAGGACUAGAAUUUGAUGUGGUACAGACAGAUGUAACGGAGAUCAACGAAGCUUGGCAAACAGUACCUGAAAGGCCUUACAGUACAUAUGACACUGGGCGAGCCCAGUAUGUUGGCAAAGAAAUUUUGGAAGAAGCUGUACCCCUGGCCAAUCAGCUGUCCAACUUAGCACUGACCUUAGUGGUCAUAACCAUGCUUACGGUGCCAGUCGGUUUUCAACUGGGAUUUGGUGUUGUCCUUUUAUUAACGAUGGGGAUUUUCAAAAUGUUCUGUCAGAGCUACAACGCUGCCAUGUAUAGUCUCAUCAUAACUGUCGGACACGCCUUUGUAAACUUCUUGAUAAGAGAUGGAGGGUUACUGAAUAUCUUCUCGGCAUUUGGUAACGAACAGUCGACAGCGUAUCCUCACCUUCAGUACGUUAUGUUUGUUCUGACUAUGAUCCUGAUCGCAUUUGGUGUUUGGUGUUUAGUGUUGCCAAACCAUCCGGGUGGAAUGCCGUGUUUGGCCCUGGCCUUCUCCUUAAUGAGCUCACCUGCUCAGCUACAUUCUGACAACUUCCCUUCAACUCUAAUCUUGGCUCAAACUGGACCUAUAUGUCUUCUGGUUGCCGCUGCUUUUUGUGGCGCCGUGGCGUCAUUUCUUAGGUCUUUGGCACCGACAUCACUAAUACUACUACUUACAGCUUGGUAUCUAACAGAAUUUGCUGUCAGUUCCAAAGAAACGUUAGAGUACGAGCUGAGUCUGAUUACUGGAUUUAUUUUAGGAGCAAUGCUUGAAGUGACAGGCCGUACCAUGAUAAGACUAUGCAGCUCUUCUCGACGUGUUCUUCAAUUGCAGAUUUUUAUGGGCCCGAUAGGUUUUCUCUAUGGUAUUGGAUUGUGCUGGUUAUUCGGCUGGCAAAUGGUUUUGCCAUCGACAUGGAAAGAUGCUUAUCAUAUAGUGCCGAACAUUAUCGCCAUAUUCAUUAUUGUACAGGUAGAAAGGCAAAGAGUGUAUUGGGCGUCUCUAGAACUACAAGGCUACCCCGCCCUUCUUGUUAGUAGGAGCAUCAAAACCUUAAAGGAAGAAAAGGAUUUUCCUCUUAGGUUUACCCUGAUUGACUUUGCCGGAGAUGCUGUCUAUCACUGCACACACCAUCUGUUUCUAUCCAGUCUCGCAAUUCACCUGAUUGCUUUCAACAUGGAAAGACUAGAAAAGGAGCCCGAAUAUAUAAGGCGCAUUUGCUACUGGGUUCAGUCUGUAGUAGUUCACUUGAAAAACCCCGAUCCCCACAUCUUCAUUGUUGGAACACACUCAAAAUGUUUGCCUGCAGAUAGGGUUAAUUUCCUAUCGCAGACUGUUAGCAAGGCGUUGCUUAGCAAUGAGAAAUUUACUCAGUUCAUUGUGGGAAAACCAGGUAGCCAAAACGAUGUUGUGUUCUGUGUGGAAAACUCCAUACCCAUUCGAAAAGAUGCACAGGCCCUUCUCCUUCGAAAAACCAUUAUGGAAGUCGCUUCUUCGUCAUUCCAAGCAAAGAGACAAGUUCCUAUCAAGUGGCUCAAAGUCAGUGAUUUCGUUAGUAAGUUCAAAUCCAGUUCUAUAGACACGUGUCUCCUGGACAAACGUACCUUGCUUGAAAAGCUGAGACAGGAAGGUAUUAUUGAGGCUGAAGAUGUAUAUGAAGCAGAAGAGUUUGAGGAGAUGAUUAGGUUCUACGACGAAAUCGGAGAGAUCAAGGUCAUGGAUGAUGUUGUAGUCUUGAAUCUGCAAGCUUUGGUACAGCUUGUUGUAGAGCUUGUGGAGCUUAAUUGUGAUGGUCAUGAGCUUGGAAUCGUUCAUGUCAGUUCUUUGCGCAGAGUAUGGAAGCACUUAACAGCAGAGAGUUUCCUUUCCACCAUUACGUUAUUCGAGAGAUAUGACAUUCUCUGUCCGAUCUCACAAGAGCAGUAUCUCGUGCCCUUGCUCAUUGAGACGGUAACUAAGAAAGGCAAGCAAGAGGUCGAGGAGACAGAUCAUGGUGCUUCAGCAUUCUGGGACCCAGCAGAUUCAGACACGGUGCUCUACUUCAAGUUCUACAGGUUCUACCCCGAAGCCAUUUUCCUCCGUCUGCUUGCCCGAUGUCUGUCAAUAUCACAGAAAACUCACGACCUUGGUCGCGAUGCUGACCGCGAUGUCUACAGAAACAUGGGCAGAUUCUACCAGGGACAUGAUUUCUACUACAAAGUAGAGCUUUUGUGUCAAUCUGUCGAUCAGAACAGAUCCGGGACACUGUCAAGUGCGCUCCAGGGCAGAGGUCCUCAUUCUCUACUUCCCAGACUUCACAAGGACUUACAGCAGAUCCGAGACAGGGACUUCCCUUACCUGAACUACACAGUGGGGCUUCCAUGCUCAGUGUGCCGUACAACCACGAGGGAGAGAGAGACCGUCCUCCUCCACACAUCCUGAGGAUAGCAGGACAUGACGAAGAGCUCCCACUACCCGGAGAGAAAGUUACUCUGAUGUGCCGAGGAAAAGCCUUUGAGUUAGACCUGGGAAAACAACACCCGUCUUUGGACGUUGCCCAACCGGCGAAGAUUGAAGAGGGCAGCAAAACAUUUGCACAAGAAGGCAAGUUGGUAUUUUGUACUUCAGCGUUUUUGUGCUGUCAUGAAACAACCCAUAUAGUGCAUUACAAGAAACUACAUGUAAACUCAAGAUAAAGAAAUUGUCCUUCUAAACAGGCGUUAGAGCUCUGUUGGACCCCAGCACCACCCAGCAACUGUCCAUCCUCCUGGACCCUCCCGCACCCAUCUUUGGGAACAACUGGAGGGCGCUGGCUGACGAACUGGGGCUGUGCUUCCAGGACAUCUGCUACAUCGAGACCAAGCGCAACCCGACAGAGAUGGUUCUAGAAAUGUAUGGUAAGAAUACACCAACAGCUAACACAGACCACGUCCACAGGGCUUUGUUAGACAUAGACAGACUGGAUGCCGCUGAACUGUUUCAAACUACUAGUGUCGAAUCGCAAGAAACAGCUCAAUGAACAGAUCAAAUUGAAAAUCAAAAGAUAGUUGGUUAACUGGACUGCAUGUCCAAUUGCUCUUAUUUCCUGUGUACAUUCUGUAAUACUAUUACGUACUAUAGU